AUGUAUUCAUCCUCCGCACCAAAACGCAUCGUUUCAAUCCGUUACUUGGCGAUGAUGGCCAUUCAACUCCUCAUUAUACGCAGCGUCUCGUCAAUGAACCAGACCAACGCGUAUCUAAACCACAAAUGCUCCGACAUCGAAGGGAAAUACAAACCCAAGAGUCCGUACGAGCAAAACCUCAACUUCCUCAUCACUGAUAUGUCUAAAGACAAUUUUAUAAGAGGUUUCGCCUACGCAUACCAUGGAGACGAUCCCAACACCAUCUACAUCUUACUCCAAUGCCGCGGCGACUCAUAUGGCUCCAAGUGUGGCUCCUGCCUUUCCACCGCCAUCUCCGAGCUACGUAAAAGAUGUCCGAUGAACAAGGCGGGAAUCGUAUGGUUUGAUCAAUGUCUUCUCAAGAUAUCUCCGACCGCUUUCUUUGAGAAAAUAGAUGACAAGAACAAGUUCUAUAUGUACAGCACGAAGAAAGUGACCGAUCCGGCGUCGUUCAACGCGAAGACUAAGGCUCUUCUCACCGAGCUGACCGCGAAAGCCACUCGUAGAUCAGACAAGCUAUUGUUGUACGAGACGGGAGAGGUGAAGUUAGUGAAGAUGAAUCUGUACGGAAUGGUGCAGUGUACGAGGGAUUUAUGGUUUACGGUUUGUUAG